CGAGCAGCCUGAUUCGCUGUUUUCUCCGGAUGCCGAAACGCCGCCACACGGUACAUGCCUCUCCUCCGCUCACGCCGCUGUCAUAGCGUCCGGGGCGGCGGCGGCAGCAGCGGUCGGUGCUCGAUUGGUUUCGUCUGGGGAAACCAUGGCAGACCGAGAGGAUAAUGUUACAAUUCCCGAGUUCAGCUGCCUGCUCCAAAUGGAUCCCCAACUCAAAGCGUACGAGAAGGACUUCAAGAGGAGAUAUGAGCUGCUACAGAAGCAGCUUUUCCAGCUGGAAGAAGCAGAGGGAGGCUUUGACCAGUUCACACGCAGCUACAAUACCUUUGGUGUGCAGCGACUGUCUAACAACAGCCUGUUCUUUAAAGAGUGGGCUCCGGCUGCAGAGGCCCUCUUCCUCACCGGUGACUUCAAUGGCUGGGACAAAUUCUCCCACCCCUACACCAGGAAGGAAUUUGGCAAGUGGGAACUGAUUCUCCCGCCCAAGCAUGACAAGUCUCCAGCUGUGGAUCAUAACACCAAACUCAAGGUGGUAGUUCACACUAAGGACGGUGAGCGGCUCUACCGGAUUUCGCCAUGGGCAAAAUAUGUGACCAAGAAUGAGGAAUCUGUCAUCUACGACUGGGUUCACUGGGAUCCCCCUCAACCUUACAUUCAAAUCCACGCUCGGCCAAAGAAGCCCAUAAGCCUGAGAACAUACGAGGCCCACGUGGGCAUCGCUUCACCAGAGGAAAAGAUUGCCUCAUACACCAACUUCACAACCAACGUGCUGCCUCGCAUAAAAGACCUGGGUUACAACUGUAUUCAGCUGAUGGCUAUCAUGGAGCAUGCCUACUAUGCAAGCUUUGGCUAUCAGGUUACGAGUUUCUUUGCUGCUUCCAGUCGGUAUGGUACCCCAGACGAGCUGAAGCAGCUGAUUGACGUGGCUCAUUCGAUGGGCAUCGUGGUGCUGCUGGACGUCGUUCACAGCCAUGCCUCCAAGAACACGGAGGACGGCCUGAACCGCUUUGAUGGCUCCGACUCGUGUUUCUUCCACUCUCCGCCCAGAGGGGAGCACAAGCAGUGGGACAGCCGCCUAUUCAACUAUUCCAGCUGGGAAGUGCUGCGUUUCUUAUUGUCCAACCUGCGCUGGUGGAUGGAGGAGUACCGCUUUGACGGCUUCAGAUUUGAUGGUGUUACCUCUAUGCUGUAUCAUCACCAUGGCCUUGGCACGGCCUUCUCAGGGGACUACAGCGAGUACUUUGGCCUUCAGGUGGACGAAGAGUCUUUGGUUUACCUGAUGCUUGCCAAUCACAUUCUUCAUACCCUUUAUCAUGACUGCAUCACUGUUGCAGAGGAUGUGUCAGGGAUACCUGCUCUCUGCAGAGCAGUGGAGGAGGGAGGACUUGGUUUUGAUUACCGACUGGCUAUGGCCAUUCCUGACAAGUGGAUUCAGAUCCUGAAGGAGUUAAAGGAUGAGGAAUGGAGCAUUGGCGAUAUUGUCUACACACUGACCAACAGGCGCUAUGGAGAGAAAUGCAUAGCCUAUGCAGAAAGUCAUGAUCAGGCUCUGGUUGGGGAUAAGUCUCUGGCCUUCUGGUUGAUGGACAAGGAGAUGUACACCAACAUGAGCUCCGUACUUCCCAUGACACCCGUCAUUGACCGCGGCAUUCAGCUGCAUAAGAUGAUUCGCCUCCUCACUCAUGGUCUAGGUGGAGAAGGCUACCUCAACUUCAUGGGGAAUGAGUUUGGUCAUCCUGAGUGGCUGGAUUUCCCCAGAGUGGGGAACAAUCAGAGUUACCACUUUGCCCGGCGGCAGUAUAACCUAGUGGAUAUGGAUGACCUCCGCUACUGUCAGCUCUACGCCUUUGACCGGGACAUGAACCGUACCGAAGACAAGUACGGCUGGCUGGCUGCCCCACCUGCCUUUGUCAGCGCCAAGCAUGAAGAGGACAAGGUCAUUGUGUUUGACAGGGCAAAUGUGCUCUUUAUCUUCAACUUCCACCCCAGUAAGAGCUUCCAGGACUACAGGGUGGCUGUAGGAGCUCCAGGAAAACACAAAAUCAAGUUGGAUUCAGACGAGGCUCAGUAUGGAGGUCACGGACGGUUGGACCACAACACAGAGUUCUUCUCUGAGCCCCAGCCCUUCAACGGUCGCCCCAACUCCAUGAAGGUCUACAUCCCCUGCAGAACAGCUAUUGUCCUGGCCAACGAGGAGAUAGAUUACUGUUAUUAGAGGAUGAUUGUCUCCACAGAGACGAGGAUCGAGAAUGGAUUCCAACCCCAACUGAGUGUUAACAAUCACCUUCAUCUUAAAGUGUCAACCUUGCAUGCUACCCAAACCCACUUUUUGUGUUAGUCUUCGUCUAAAUGGGGGUAAAAAAAAAGCAUUGUGAGCUUGUGUGCUUUCAAACGCCAUCUGCAACCUUAGAUGCUGUGUAACCCCAUUUACAACAGAUUGGUCCAUUUGGGAAUCUUCCAACAUAACCAGCAGCUAAAUGCUAAAACUCAAUACCCUGCCGAGUCCAUCCACCACUAGCCAGCAGGCAUUUAUAGGCUCUGUUGAAUUUGGCGUGUCAUCUGAAACACAUGACCGGCAACAGCGGAAGAAGGAGGCAGUGCAGCAAGCAUUCGUGUAUUCAAAUAUGAUAAAAGCUCAGACAAAAAAAGAAUAUGGUUAUGUUGAUACAUAUAUUGAUACAUUUUACUUGGUUUAAUUAUUUUUGUACUUAACUACAGAAAAUAUUAUGGUGUCAAAGGCACAAAGAGAUUUAGAGUGUUACAAGUAUUUGAAAAUCAAAACGUCCAGGUAUUUAAUCAAUGAGGAUCCGUCUUUGUUAAUUUGCAUUGUGGGAAAAUGUUCGUAUAAGAAUAUUGUAAUUUGCACAAAGUAAUGAGCUGCUUUUUAAUGGCUAUCUAAAACAAUUGUGUGGUAAUGUUUGAAUUUAUGCAGCUACUGGGAGCAUUUAUCUGGUUAUUUAUGGCCCAGUUAUUAACCCAGUAAUUUGCAGCUAUGCAGAGUGAUAAAAUCCCCCAAUUUGGAUUGUUCACAGUGCGUUGCAUAAUAUACAAGUAACAUUUUUAGCCGAAUUACAGUUUUAGCACUUUGCAUAAAGCAUUACAUGGUCUUCUCAUACAGUAGAUCACAUUAAAUCAUCUAUGUUGUGAACUUCACCAAACUGAUAAAAAGCCACUAAAAUAAAUCGAUACUGAUGAUCAACACGUCAUUUUGUGUGGGAGAAGGGAGUUUUACACUAAUGACUCCACACACCUGACUACUUUAAGAUGCUAUGAUUUAUGUACACCAUGUUCAUUAGAUAAUUUAGCAUUCCACUGGGAUUAUUCCAGAAAAACACACAUACAGCCUAAAUUCACACGGAAAAUGAUAUGUGCCUCUUUCAAUUAGCUCUGACUUUCGCGACUUCUCUCUCUCAACACACUCGAUGAUUGAGCGAGACCUACUAUGAUUAACUAGUCAAGUCACAUUUAUGUUAAAUUUAAAUGCGCUUUACAAAGCGCAUUUACAAAACAACUGGUUUGCCAAAGUGCUGUACAAUCAAAAUAACAAAAACCGUAAAACACUAGUGAGGGGUGGCCAGUACGGGGGUAAUGUACAUGUUAAAAGAGAAGCCGCAGCAUUCUGGACAAACUGCAGGCGUGAGAGGGAGGCCUGGCUAAUACCAACAUAAAGGGUAGUACAGUAGUCAAGUCGGGGCGAGAUAAAAGCAUGUAUAACCCUUUCAAAAUCAUUAAACAAUAAAGAGGAUUUGAUCUUGGAGAAGAGGCUCAAAUGGAAAAAGCUAGAUUUGAUCACUGAAUUUAUCUGUUUGUCCAAUUUAAAACAGAUUCUUUGCAUUGGGUUUUACAUUUGGUUCCAGGAAACACAGGUCCAUAUGAGGGGCAUCACAGGCACCACUGGGUCCAACUAUCAGGACUUUAGCUUUACUUUCAUUUUGGUUUAAAAAUGUAAGGCCAUCCAAGCUUUAAUGUCCUUGAGACAGUCCAACAAUAGUUUUAAAGAGUUUUGCAUAUUUCUGUUUCAAAGGCAGGUAAAUAUGAGUGUCACCUGCAUAACAGUGGAACGAGAUGCCAUAUUUUCUAAGGAUGGACCCUAAGGUGAGCGAGUGAAGGGAAAACAGGAUUGGCCCAAGAAUAUAACCCUGAGGGAUCCCACAAGGGAAAGGCACUGAGGAGGAUACAGAGUCUGCAAGGCUGACAGAAAAACUUCUGUCGGUCAAGUAAGACCUGAACCACUCCCAACAAAAAUACGUACGAAGUGAGGAAUAUCACUGAUGAUAGGUGACUGUUUUGUGACUGCUGAACUUGCUCACUCAGGAAAAAUGUAAUUAAAAUUGUUUUUCAUUUAACAGGUUUCAUCUUUUGAGGUUAUGUUUUUCAAAUAGCUCUGAUAACUGAUAUUUUCCCCACCCUUUGUGUUAUCUUGAUUUCCAUCCUCUGUAUAAAAGUCCCUUGUUGCCUUAUAAAUGGAUGUCAUUUAGACAAUUUUCAGCAUUCUCUGCACGUUUUAUCAAAGCAAUACUGUUACAAAUAAAACAAACGCUGAUUCUGGGUAUGCCAGAUAAAAGCUAAUGCUUUGAUUUACUGCCAUGGAUACUAUAAGUCUGUGAUCCACACCUACCGCAUUAGUGCAGAUUCUGUCAUUUAAGCCGUAUUGUAGCAUAUGGCAGGUUUUGAUGUGCUUCCCCUGCAGCAAAGGAAAAAACACAUUCAUAUUCAGCACCAUCUUCCUCUGUUUAGCCAAAAGUAUCGUGAACAUGUCACCUCUUUUUGUGCAACACCAAAGCGUUCAAAAAUGACUUUCUCCACCUCCCGAAUAGCACAGAGAGGAUCACUCUGCAUAAAUUUCAAGCAAUGAGGUUGUGAGAAAGAAGUGGAGUGUUUAAUCAUCCCUCAUCUGACCCAAUGUCAUUGUCAUUUUAACACUGCCAAAAUGAAUUGUCUGCAUUUGUCCUCAAAAGUAAAGCCGAUGUCUGAUACACAGUAACUGUUGCAGCAUAUUUCUUUCUUUAUUACUAAUGAUAAUAAAUCAGCGUCUGUCAGCGUGGACGGACUGCAUGUGCAGACUGACUACUGAUUCUGUCCCGUGGCACGUUUAUGGAGAUGUAGCGGCUCCAGUUUACAGCAGAGUAUAUUAUGAUGGCACUCUAUCACCAAGUAAUUGAUACAAAAAACUGUUGGUUUUGGACUCUGUUCUCUUAGAGUUCAUUCUAAAUCGUUGUCACCUGUCUGUCAAUUUCUCCCCCAUAUGCACGAGGCGGCUUGAAGCCGAGAAGAAGGGAUUUCUCAGUCACCUUAGAUAUUAAGUUUACAUUGUAGCCUCUCGCGCAUCUAUUUUCUCAUUAACUGUCACGAGAGAUGAAACGGGCUUUAUGUUUGACCAA